AUUAAAGAGGGAAUGUAAGACUGCAUUUCCACACACAGUGCUUCUGCUUAUGGACAUUAGUGAGGUGUGGAGUGAGGUGUAGUUAAUAAAAAUGUUGGUGUGUUUUAAUCUUCUCCUUCUUCUCCACAUCACUGAAGGCUGCAUGCUGAAAGGAAAUAGAGAGACAGAAAAGAUCACUGCAUACACAGGAGUCUCAGUACUGCUGCCCUGCUCCUGCACUGACCUCCACAGAAAACCUGAGACAUUCACAUGGAAGAAAUACACAAAUGGAAAUAACUGGAUACAGAUAUCUCCUGAGAGUGAUCAGUACAAAGAGAGAUAUCAGCUGGUUAAUGAUCACUCUUCAGGAAAUCUCUCUCUGCUCAUAUCACACCUGACUGAAGAGGAUGGAGGAAUUUACAGGUGUAGUGUUAAAGGGGGUGUAUACACAGACAUCAGACUCACUGUUAAAGGUUGCACACUGAAUCAACUGAGAGUGGAUGUGACUGGAAAUGUGGGACAGUCUGUCCUUCUGCCCUGCUCCUGCUCUGAACUACAAGCCAAACCACACACUUUCAGAUGGAUCUUUUUUAAAGAAUCAGAUCACAUGACAAUCUUCCCAAAAGACCAGACAAAUCGCUACACAGACAGAGUUCAGCUCUUUAAUGAUCAUCCUCCAGGAAAUCUCUCUCUACUCAUAUCACCCCUGAUUGUAGAGGAUAGAGGAUGGUACAGGUGUGAGAUCAACAACAAUAUCAAUACAAGCAUCCUACUCACAGUGAAAGAUCCUCUUCCAUACAUCCCUGUUGCCGUGGUGACUGUUAUCUUUCUGCACAUUAUCGUGGCUGUGGUUUAUUGCAUCACCAGAAGGAAAGGUCCUGGUACAGUUCAUUACAGCAGAGGUGAUGGAGAUGGAAGAGUGAGUCUGCAGUAGAGAAGACCUCAAUUUGCUGAUUCAUCAAUAAAUUUAUCAAGAGAUUUGUUCAGAAAUAGUCUUGCUUAAACAGUCCUGCAAAUACUGUAGCUUCAUGUCUUUUUCAUGAAGUAUUGUUCAUGAUGUUGAUAUCUGAUUCUCACAUACUGUUGAAGAAUGCCUUAUAUUCACAAAAUCAUUAAUAUCUAAGCACAUUCAAUUUGUUUCCUUAGAUAAUAUUGUAUAUUUUGAUAACAUUUGGAUUAUAAUUGCUAUUAAAUGAUAAAUGAUGUGUUGUGACAGUGGUAAACCUUUCUAUUUUUAAUUAAACCA